GGGGAGUCAGGGGCCCGGCCCCCUCCCGGCCUGUGCGCGCCGAUGCCGAGGCGGCGGGGGGCGCCCAGGGGAUGUCCCCUCCCUCGCCUCGCACCCCCUCUGCCCGCAACCGGGACGAACGCGGGACCCGCCUUUGCGGCCCCAAGGGGUGCGGGAGCCCCGGGCGGCCCGCAGGUGGACCCAGGGUCUGGCGCUGGGAGGCACCUGGGCGCUGCCAUACGGGAGCUGGCAUCGCCAGGCCUGAGCUCGCAGCGGUCCCCAUUGCUCCGCUGGGCCCCCCUCUGGCUUGCGUCCGACCCGUCGCCGUGCCGGUCUCUCCCUUCCAGAAUGUUCUCCCGGACCCUCGGCUCACCGUCUGUCAGAGCAGUGCCCCCUGGACCAGCCCGUUGACAGCCCUAGACCGCCCCGGAGGAGGAUGACCCGGCCGCUAUGGGCCACGCGCUGUGUGUCUGCUCUCGGGGAACUUUCGUCGUGGACAACAAGCGCUACCUCUUCAUCCAGAAGCUGGGGGAGGGCGGGUUCAGCUAUGUGGACCUAGUGGAGGGCUUACAUGAUGGCCACUUCUACGCCCUGAAGCGGAUCCUGUGUCACGAGCAGCAGGACCAGGAGGAAGCGGAGCGAGAAGCGGACAUGCAUCGCCUCUUCUAUCACCCCAACAUCCUUCACCUUGUGGCUUACUGUGUGAAGGAGCGGGGCCCAAAACAGGAGGCCUGGCUACUGCUCCCCUUCUUCAAGAGAGGGACGCUGUGGAACGAGAUCGAAAGGCUGAAGGACAAAGGCAGCUUCUUGACGGAAGAGCAGAUCCUCCAGCUGCUGCUUGGCAUCUGCAGAGGCCUCGAGGCCAUUCACGCCAAGGGUUAUGCCCACAGAGACCUGAAGCCCACCAACAUCUUGCUCGGGGAGGAGGGGCAGCCAGUGUUAAUGGAUUUGGGCUCCAUGAAUCAAGCUCGCAUCCAAGUGGAGGGAUCCCGCCAGGCUCUGGCCCUGCAGGACUGGGCAGCCCAGCGGUGCACCAUCUCCUACCGGGCCCCCGAGCUCUUCACCGUGCAGAGCCACUGCGUCAUCGAUGAGCGGACUGAUGUCUGGUCCUUAGGCUGCGUGCUCUACGCCAUGAUGUACGGCGAAGGGCCCUACGACAUGGUGUUCCAGAAGGGGGACAGCGUGGCCCUGGCUGUCCAGAAUAAGCUCAUCAUCCCACAGAGCCCCAGGUACUCGGCAGCGAUGCAGCAGCUGCUGGACUCAAUGAUGACCGUGGACUCCGAGCAGCGCCCUCACAUUCCCGUCCUCCUCACUCAGCUGGAGGCCCUGCAGCCCCCAGCGCCAGGCCAGGACACGACCCACAUCUGAGCACGCCAGUGGCCAUGGUCCGAGCAAGCCAGCGGCUGUGGUCCCAGCACGUCAGUGGCGUGGUCUGAGCCAGCCAGGAGCCGUGGAGCGACGGCAGCCGCAGAGCCCGGAUGGAGGCUCUGGGCCGUGUGUGCGGUGCAGCGUGCCCGGCUCUCCCCCUCCCGCUCACUUGCCAGAGGGCAGAGGGGUGGGAGCAUCAUCUUGCCCUUCCUUCCUUUUGCCCUCUCACUCCCAAGAGCAAAGGGGGCAGGGCCCCUGAGCUGGGGGACUGUGGGAGCCUGAGCUGGGGGACACAGGCUCUGAGCUCACAUCAUGGUCUGGUUCCAAAUUUGGGAGCAGGAGAUUGUAUACAGACAGGAAUAAAGUGAAAGCACUUUGGUGUCUUGAA